GGCGUUGCUAUGGCAGCGCACGACGCGGCGCUCCGUGCCGGGAGGACGCGGUGAAGCUGCGGGAAUGAAUGGCAGCGCCGGCAGCGCGCGGCUCGGGGGGGGCGGUGCGCGUGAUUGCCAACGGCGAAGUCUACAGGCAGCUCUUCGAGGAUGAGGUUUUGCAGGCUCGCUGGGUGCGCUCGCUGGGCGCAGCACGGAGAGGGCGGCUCCGUCUGCACGAGGACCUGGGCAGCUCGGCCGGCACGGGGCCAUCGCCAUGCAAUGGGAGGAAGGAGACUGCGGGAGCAAAGCUGCUGCUGGGCAGGGAAGCUACAGCAUCUCAGGUGUCCUGGAAAAGUGAAGAUGUCCUUGCAGCUGAGGAAGUCAGAGCCCUACCCGAUCUUGUUGAGGUUCCUGAGGAAAGCAGAGGCAACCUCUUGGAGCUCGUGUCAGAAUGCCGGCGAGGCCGCCACGGCGCAGCACUGACCUCAAUGCACCGCGAGCUUGCUUGUGUCGCCAGGGAAAUCGAGCCCUUUGUUUUGGAACCCGGAGAUCUGCUGUUGACCAAACUGAUGGAAUCUGAUAGAAAAAUGGAUGUUCUUACGAAGAUGGAGCUCGAUGCCACUCUGGAAGGCUUCUCGAUUGAAGAUUUGGAAGAACUGUGGAUGACCAUGCAGCAGGAAUCCUUGACCAGAAAGGAGUGGGUUCGGGAGUGGAAUGAAACCUUAAAAAAGGUGGAAUGGAGCCGAGCUGACAAAAUUACAGAUGUGCUGAGGAAGUAUACUGCGAUGCUGGAGGAAAUUUCCUUCUUGUCAUCAGCAGAUGUCCACAGGUUCAUCAACGAUGAGGCCAUGAUGAUUAACAGAGCGCUGCUGGCUAAUCAGAGGGCGAUUGCCAAACUGUUCUUUAAUCUGAUGAAAUCAGAGAUGAAAAGGGAAUUAUCGCUUCAAUUGAAGUGGCGAGAUAGAGUCAAGGACUGGAGGCUCAUACGAAAGAACUGCAUCAUACAGAGUUUCAGAGAAUUUAUGGCAAAGGAGGAAAUACAGGAUCCCCAAAUGGUGAAAAUAGAAAUGGAAAAUAUGAUGAGCGGUCAGAUUCUGCUUAAUGAACGGAGGCUGGAAUUGCUGCAGCAUCUUACCGAUUUGUUGCCUCCAGCGAGCACACAAGCUGAGAUUAAUGAGUGGUACAGCUCCUUGGUGGAUUUAAACAGAAGUAUAGAUGCCCACAAUAUGCAGUGUACGAUGAAAAUUCGUGCCCAGUAUGAGAGUGUCGAGCAAAAAUGUCUGGCAGAAGCACAGCUGUGCAAGAAUAACCUGUUGAAUCUGAAGGUUUGCACACAAGAAGAGGCUGAAGAAAUGGUGGCUUCUGACUUCCUUCUGUUGACUGAGAAACUACGAUGUCGGUUUGAAGAAGAACUGGAGCACAUGAUUAGAGGCUUUGAGGAGCUGGCUAAAUGCAACAAGCAGAAUUGCAGAGACCUGUAUAGCUACUGUAAGGAAGCCAGUGUUCUCUGGGACAUCCAUCAGCUCAAACUGUCCCAGCUGGAGGGUGAACUCCAGAAGAAAUUAGAUGAAUGCAGAUGGAAACAGGAUAAAUCAAUUCAGGUGAUGGAAACUAAUCUGGCUAUCAUUUUGGAUAAAAUGAGGACAGCGAGCUCUGAAAAAAACCUGAAGAAAUCUUUGAAGAAUGCCCUUUCUUCUUUGGAUGGCAUCAGAGCUGAGUAUGAGGCGUCCAACAAAGUUCUCAUGGAGGAAGUCACAAGUUACCCAGAAGCCAUUUUGCAGGAACUGAUUUCUUACAGUGAAUCCCUUAGCCAAUAUUUUAAUGUAAAAGAAAUCUUCAAACAGAACUUGGAAGGAAAGAUAGACUCCAUGUUUCCAGGUCAAGCUGAGGUUUUGGAAGCUGAAAAUCCGGGGGAGCAGCAAACGGAGAGUGUUGUGCAGGAAAAUGAAGAAAAGCAAAAGGCUGAUAGCUGUCAACAACAAAAUGAACGAACAAAUAUUCCUGAGAAUGAGAAGGUCUUUGCACAGGAAAGUGAAGAAAGAGAGGAACAAGAAGAUGGAGAGAGCACUCUUCAAGGGAGUGACGAACUGGAUGAUAUAGAACAGAGGGUGAGCUUUCCAGAAGAUACGUUCAACAGCAGCAAGGUGGGAAUCUCUGAAAUCGCUGUUGAGACCUUUUCCACUUCCAGUGGAAACACUUACACUGUUCUUGGAGCUGAAGAGGCAGGGAAACCUGAUGUCCUAGAGACGCAUCUUACAAAAUAUGAUGAAAAAGGAUCACUUCCUAUGUACCUGGAACAUGUACUUAUCAAGGAAACGGUGUUUGUAGAACUGAAGAAAAGGGUGCGCCUCUGCUUUUUUGAACACUUGGAGAAGUGGUUUGCAGAGUCCUUAUCCAACUUGUGGGCCACUGUAGGUGCCAAGAAAGAGGAGCUGAGUUCAGAACUUCGGCAGCAUCUUCUCUCGUGUGAACUGAGGCAGGAGAAUAUAGAGACAAAUAUCUACAGUGUUAGAGCUGAGGAACUGUUACUUCAUAAAAAGUGUCUGGAGCACCACUGCCAUGAGGUGGGAGAAGCUCUGAAGAAGGAGAGAGCUGAAUUCCUCCGAUUUUGUGAUCAGCAAAAUGACAGCAUCCAAAACUUGGACUCGCGGAUCCGCGACAUGGAACCAGCAUUCCUUCGGGCUCCUGUGGCCGAGCAGUUAGAUUCCUCCAGCAGCAGCGUGUGCCCAGAGCUCCUUCAUCACCUGGACGUCAUCCGAGUUUCCCUGAGGAGUUAUCGGAACUAUCUGGAGGAAACUUUGGGAAAACUAAGAGAUUCAAAUGUGGAUUUUCUCAAAGGCUGCAGGUUAUUCGUGGAGGGAGGCAAUUUUUCUCCGGAGGAGGUACAGUCUUUCAGUAAGCGUCUUCAGAAAGAAAGCAAACAUAUUGAUUCUUUGGAGAAGUUAAUUGUGGCUGAUAUGGAGAAAAUGGAAUCGAGCUGCUUGGAGCAGGCUACUGAAGUUAUCAACCAGGCUGAAACAAGGUUCCAUUGUCUCUUUAUGAAUCGAGUCUUUAUGGAGAAGAUCCAACAGCUUCUGACAAAUCUACGGGUGCAAAUCAAAUCCGAGGUAGCAAAUUCCAAUGUGCAGGCAGCAGCAUUGAAAUCCUGCCUGGAGAAGCUCUGUGCUUUCGCUCACCCUACUGCAGAUGAAGAAUCUUUGACUUCUGAGGAGUUGUAUGACUUCAUCAAAGUAGUGAUCAAAGAACUGAAGGCGAGGAGCCAGUACCUUGAUUGCCUGCUAGUGAACGCAACAAUACCAUAUGAUAACGAGCACUUUGCCCCUCCUGCAGCAGAGGUUACAUUACGAGGUCCCAUUGCUGCUGCUAUUCGAGCGGAGAACAAAUUGAGGAUGAUGGGGCUGGAUCCUGUCAGAUUUCCUUUGUUAAAUCCAAGCAGAAUGGGAAAAUCUGCAAUUGAUGAUUUAUCAGUAAGCGUUAUUAAAAACUUACUCGGAAUUCAGUCAUCCAGGAGAAAAUCUUCAGGCCUAAAUCAGGACAGCAGUGAUUCACUGGGACCAGCAAUUCUUCCCACGCAGAAGAAGAGUUCUCACUUAAAUGUACCUGAUGAAGGUCCUCAGAGAUCUGACGCUUACAAGCACGCAGCUCGGAACACCAAGAAGAUGGCAACUGAAAAAAGGACGUCAAGAGGAAGCAUGCAGAAAUGCACCAGAUCGGUUCUCAGUGACAAGAGGUUCCAGAUAUUUGGAGAAAAGCCUCCUGAAUCUAAUACUUUUAAGGGGAUUGUUAUGAAUAUUCUCUGGACGGGUAAUAACAACUUGCUCUGUCUCGCUGAGGAGUUCUACCACAAAGAGAAGCAUCAAAUCACAAUGCCUGAAGAUCUGCCGGAGACAUUUGAACGUUGUGCAGAAGUACUCAGACAGAAUCUGCUGUCGUAUCAAAGCCAGAUAGAUGAUUACUACAAUUCCUGUCUAAAAGAAUUUUGGGAUCAGUUGAAGUUGUUUGAAGAGGAACUCCCUUAUGUCUCCCAGUUGGCAGUUGAUGCUCUUUUAAAGGAACACGAACAGAAGCUCAGCUGUGCCACCAGUAACAUUCAGCACUCCUUCAAUCAGCAGCUGGAGGACUGGAGGAGCGCGAAGGCUGCACACAAGAAGGAAUUACGUCCCUCUCUGGGACAUCCAGACAACUCACUGCAGCUGGAGGCUUUGUGCCAACGGGAAUCAAAAUUGCAAAAGGACCACGUUGAUGCAAUUCACCUCCACACACGGAUGCUUCGGGACCGUGCUGCCCAGUGUGCCCAGAACUUUGUUUCGGCGCUGGCUGCCUUCACAGAGAAGCUGCUGCUGGAAUUAGAUGAGAGCAUUACUAUUGAUGACAUACAAGUACCGAAGCUAUUCCUUGAAAGUGAUGAGCAUCUAGCUACAUGGAGUUACCUGAAAGCAACAGCAUGGCUGCCUCUGGUUCCUCCUGAAUUUAUCGUACAUCAUCUUCCAGAAACCGAAACACCGAGGGAGAAGACAUCCACAUUAAUCCACCGUAAACAAGCUGGUCUUCCUCUGCAGACCCCUGAGGCUGAGCAGUUAGUUGAACGUGGGAGCAGGACCUGGCCAGGAAUACCCAUGACCACGCUUGUGGACGAUUCAGACUGCAUUACGUUCAGAGAAACUGCAUCAGUUACAGCAGCAAAGACCACACUGGGCCACGUAGCAGCAGUGGAAGCAAGAGAUGCUGUAUAUAAGAAAUACAUUGGUAAACUUGAGCAGCAGUUCGCCCAGAUCAAGGAAGAAAGUACCUCCCAGCUGGUGACAAUUCAGCGCUGGGAAAAUUGGUGGAAUCAGUCCAUCCAGAAAAUUAAGCAACUCUAUACGUGAGAUCAGACAAAUCUUGCUCCUCCUGUUCUACCAAUAAACGUUCUCUUUAACACAGGAAAA